UUAAAUCAUCACUGGGCCAUUGGCACGGACUCUGCCUCACCAGUCACCAACUCGUGAUCGCUCCAAAGUCCGAUAAAUAAUCCCCAUUUCCAUCUGGGUUUCCGUUUCUUCAUCAUCUCUGAAUCUCAUUUGCCUUUUUUGCUUUCUCUAUCAACGAAAAAUGGUUCUGGAAGUUGCCGUCAAGUCUGCCGCUGGCGCUCCCAAUCUUCUCGGAGACUGUCCAUUUUGCCAGAGGGUUCUGCUGACUUUGGAGGAGAAGAAAGUACCCUACAAGACGCACCUCAUCAACCUCAGUGACAAACCAGAAUGGUACUUGGCUGUGAAUCCCGAGGGGAAAGUGCCUGCGGUGAAGUUUGAUGACAAAUGGGUUCUUGAUUCUGAUGUUAUUGUUGGGAUUCUCGAGGAAAAGUACCCUGAGCCCUCUCUUGUUACUCCUCCCGAAUUCGCCAAUGUGGGAUCAAAGCUCUUUGGGCCCUUUGUGACAUUCUUGAAGAGCAAGGAUCCAAAUGAUGGGUCAGAGCAGGCUCUGCUCAAUGAGUUGAAGGCACUCGAUGAGCAUCUUAAGGCACAUGGUCCAUAUAUUGCUGGGGAAAAGGUCACUGCUGCAGAUCUAAGUUUGGCACCAAAACUCUACCAUCUCGAUGCGGUUCUUGGACAUUUCAAGAAGUGGACUGUCCCCGAAGACUUGACUCAUCUCCACAACUACAAGAAGCUGCUAUUCUCGAGGGAGUCGUUCGAGAAAACCAAGCCUGCUGGUGUGGAGUAUGUGAUUGCAGGAUGGGCUCCCAAGGUCAACGCAUGAAAUGGUUCUAGAAUAUACGAUGUUGAAGCUUAUUAGUUAUGAUCUGGUUGAAAACUCUUUUUAGUGCCUGAAAGUAAGCGGUCCUGGUUUAUGCCCGCCUCUAAUAAAUGUAAAUCUGUUACAAUGCUGCUUUGCACUUUGCUAUGACUAUUGUGGCAGGCAUUUUAAAGGGUUAGUGUUUCUGUAAUUUUCCGUUUUUUUUUUCUUUGGGUGUAGAGUGGAAUAAGUGACCUUUUAACUCUUGUAGAAGGAUUUUCGUUAGUGUAAUGAAGUUGAGGAUUAGAUGCUUACUUA